GAUCUCAAGGUUCUCUGGUCUUAUUAUUAUUGAUCAGAAUAUCAGCUUUAUGGAUCUGGUUAGUCCAGACUUAUAAACACCAAGGAGCGUCUUUCAAAGUCCAUCUAAUCAUUAAAGUCAGUCCUGAUAAAACCCAUUAGUUCACAGUCGAAGGUCCGUCGGCUCCUCCAUCAGCAGAUCUGUAUCAGGACCUGCUGCUACUCAUUAACCAGGGCCACCUGCACAGGUGAGGACCGGCCGAGCGCCCGGCAGUCGCAGUGAGGCUGAAGAUGAGGCUGGAGGUCUUCCUGGUGCUGAUGGCGGCGAGCGGCGUCGGCGGGAAGCCGCUGAGCAGCAGGGAGGAGAAGAAGACCAAGCUGCUGCUGGUGUCGUUCGACGGGUUCAGGUGGGACUACGACCAGGACGUGGACACGCCGCACCUGGACCGCAUGGCCCGGGACGGGGUCAAGGCCAAAUACGUCACCCCCCCCAUGAUGACCAUGACGUCGCCGUCACACUUCACCACCAUCACAGGUAGAUGGAUAGAAGACCACGAAGUUGUCCACAACUUGAUGUUCAACGAAACAACAAACCUGAAAGUUCCCUUCAAAGAGACCCUGAAGAGGUCGGAGUGGUGGGACAACGGAGCGCUGCCGUUAUGGAUCACGGCUCAGAACCAGGGUCUGAAAACCGCUUCGUUCUUCUUCCCGGGAGGUGGCGCCACCUACGGGGGUCAAAGCGUCAACAGAGUUCGGCUGGCAGAGCCCGGCCACCCUUACACCAAUGAGACAGAAUGGCGUGAGAACAUCGACACGGUUCUGAGCUGGUUCUCAGAGGAGGACUUCGACCUGGUGACCCUGUACUACGGCGAGCCGGACUUCGUGGGCCACAACAAGGGGCCGGACCACCCGGACAGGAAGACCGUCAUCCAGCAGGUCGACCGCACCGUCGGCUACCUGCGCGACGCCAUCAGCUGGCACGGCCUGAGCGACAGCCUGGACGUCGUCAUCACCUCGGAUCACGGCAUGACCACCGUCAAGAAGCGGCCGCUGGUGGACGAGAUCGUCCUCAACAAUUACCUGAACCUGAUGGAGCUCGCCUCCUUCGAGAUCCUGGACUACGGCGGCUUCGGCAUCGUGACGCCGCGGCCGGGGAAGGACCAGGAGGUCUACGACGCUCUGUCCAACGCUCCCAAUCUGACCGUCUACAAGAAACAGGAGAUCCCGGAGAGUUUCCAUCUGGGGAGGAGCAAGCGGCUUCCCCCCAUCGUGGUCGUGGCGGACCUGGGGUUCAACCUGAACUCGAGGUUCAUCGUCUACGUGAACAAAGGCGACCACGGCUUCCACAACGGGGAGAUGGACAUGAAGACCAUCUUCCGGGCCGUCGGACCGAGCUUCAAGCAGAACUUUGUGUCCGACCCGUUCGACAGCAUCCACAUCUACCCGCUGCUCUGCAGGCUGCUGCGCGUCCAGCCGGCGCCGCACAACGGGUCGCUGGGGGUCACCGAGGUCAUGCUGCGGGCCGCAGGUGAGUCCGCUCCGGCCCGCCAGAACCGCACCCAGAACCAGAACCACAGAUUAACCCGGGUUUGUCUGCAGGAGAAUCCCAGAGGUCCGGUCUGUCCGCCGCCCUGCUGCUGACCGUCCUGCUGGCCAGAGUCCUCUAACCGGGCCAGAACCGGACCAGAACCGCUCACCUCCACAUCCAGCUGCAGAACCACUGAAGACAUCAAAACGGACCAGAGGUUCUGGUACCAGAACGGUCCGUCAGGAUUCUGCAUGAAGCUUCUCCAUUUGUCUUGAAAAUCUGAUGAUUGUUGAAACGAAACAUUUGGAUCAGAACCAAACUGACCAGAACCGAUCAGAACCAAACAGAACCAAACUGACCAGAACCG